AGACUUCUGAUGCUUAAUGUCAUUUCCUUCGGUGCCGGUCCUGAAGCCCACUGACCUGAUGGUUGAGGUGCGGCCGAGGAGAAUCUUUGCCAACGGCCACACCUACCACGUCAACUCCAUCUCAGUCAAUAGCGAUGGUGAGACAUAUCUGUCUGCUGAUGAUCUCAGGAUCAACAUGUGGCACCUGGAUAUCACAGACCGAAGCUUCAACAUUGUGGACAUUAAGCCGGCUAAUAUGGAGGACCUGACGGAGGUAAUAACAGCUGCAGAAUUCCACCCACAUCACUGCCAGCUGUUUGUAUACAGCAGCAGUAAAGGCACGUUACGCCUCUGUGACAUGAGAGAGUCGGCACUCUGUGACAAGCACUCCAAAAUCUUUGAGGAGCCAGAGGACCCAGGCAAUCGAUCUUUCUUCUCUGAGAUCAUCUCGUCAGUUUCUGAUGUUAAGUUCAGCCAUAGUGGACGCUAUCUGCUCACCAGAGACUACUUGACUGUCAAAGUAUGGGACCUCAACAUGGAGAAGGGCCCAGUGGAGACCUACCAGGUGCAUGAGUACCUAAGAAGCAAACUCUGCUCUUUGUAUGAAAACGACUGCAUCUUUGACAAGUUUGAGUGCGUCUGGAACAGCACAGACAGUGUAAUCAUGACAGGAGCGUAUAACAGUUUUUUCCGGAUGUUUGAUCGUGAGACCGGUCGUGGUGUAACCCUCGAGGCAUGGCGUGAGAACAGUAAACCGCGUGCCGUGCUGCGGACUCGCCGCGUUUACACCGGGGGCCGGCGUCGCCGGGGUGACGUGGGAGUGGACAGUCUGGACUUCACUAAAAAAAUUCUGCACAUGGCUUGGCACCCGGCUGAAAACAUCAUCGCCAUCGCAGCCACUAACAACCUCUAUAUCUUUCAGGACAGGGUCAAUGCAGAAAACCAGUGACAAGAGACAUGUAACAGGGUAAUGCAGUAAUGCUCUUCACAGGGCCACACACACCAACAUGCAUUUAAAUCAUGCACAUGUAUUAAAUUUAUCCUUUAAAACAAAUAUUAUUAAUCCUGUGAAGAUGGACGUAGUUGCCAGACUAUGCAGAUGGACUGUGCAGUUAAGCCGUUCCAGGAGAGCAGUUAUAUAUAGCUAGUGACUUUAACUGAUAACUGUUUGGUUAAUUACACCAACAAGAAUGUUGCCAGUGAGCUACGGAAAGUGGAAUUUAUGAUUGGCAUCACAGUCAGCCAAUCCUGGAUUGCUUUGAUAUGUGAUGGAUGGUGUUGCCGGCCAAUCCCUGACUGCGCUGAUCUGUGAUUGAUGGCUAUUUGGAUAAAGGCCGAUGCCUUUGGGCUGUAGACCAGGAAUGAGACCGCUCCACUCCUCUGUGCCAGGCUGCCAUGGAGACAGGUUACUCAGUUGCCAUGGUAACAAGAGUACUCUGAGCAGUCUUCCUAUCACGUGCUUCCCAAAAACCUAUCCCACAAUGCAUCUGCUACACGAGCACUCAUUUUACUUCACAUUGAAUCAACCAUUUGUGGAGACUUGAUUGCCUAUAUGACCAAAUCACUACAUCUCGCACUUGGAGAAGGUUUAAAUUCCAGUACUUGUCUGGUGUAUUCUAUCAGAAGGAUUGAACCACUACUUCAUCAGACCACUGUCUUAACCUGGUUACACCUCAUGAUGGGUUAUAUUUACACCUGUAUGGUAAGAAAAGUAUUGGUCUGUCUCUCAAAAAAAAAAAAAAAAAAGAGAAGAAUGAGGGUGUAUUACACUGCUAACAUGUUUUCAAAAAAGCCUCCUUGUGCACUGUGCAUGGAAACUGACAUGAGUCAGGAAGUCAGGAUCAAAC